AUGUGUCCAACGCCAGACGCCGAGAAAACCCCAGAAGUAGCAACUUUUUCACCGCAGUUGCCAGAGUGUAGGACGAAAGACCUCGAGGUAUGGUUCGCGAUGGCAGAGGCGGUGUUCGCAAUGUCACGGAUAACCGCGGAAAAGACCAAGUACUCGAUGAUGUUACCCAAGUUACCCGCAGACGUCGUAGCAGAAGCGCGUGAUUUGAUCGUUGCGGAGCCUGGGGACACUCCAUACACAACAUUUAAAACUGAGAUCCUGAAGCGAAUGGGAGCGACGGAGGACCAAAGGACGCGCCGGCUGCUAGAAAGCGAGGAAAUGGGUGAUCAGAAACCGUCGCAGUUUCUCCGCCGGCUCCAGCAUCUUGCAGGUAAAAACAUGUCGGAGUCGACAGUGCGCACGUUAUGGCAAGGGCGACUUCCCAGAGCUCUGCAGCCAAUCCUCGUAACCGUUAAGGACCAGUCACUGGAGAAAGCGGCCGAGGUAGCCGAUGCAGCGAUUGAGUAUUUGCCGAUUCGACCUACUAUCGCAGAGGCAGCACGUGGAGCGGCAGCGAGCCCAGACAACUCGUUAGCGGAGGAGGUAAAGAAGUUAUGCAUAUCUUUCCAGCAGGAGGUCUCGAUGCUGCGCCAAGAGGUUGCGUCAGUCAGGUUGUCGCGUUCGCAGGAGGGUCAGCAGCCGCCAGGACAGCAGCAGCGCCGGAAUCACUCGAGAUCCAGGUCUCGCUCGAGAUCGCAAGGUCCACGUCCAGAAGGAGUAUGCUGGUAUCACUGGAGGUUCCAAAGCAAGGCCACCAAGUGUACGCUGCCGUGUAGCAUGUCGCCGGGAAACCUGAUGGGAGGUCGUUAA